AUGACGAUGACCAGCCUCCUGCCUUCAGCAGGGGACGGAAACUGCUAUUACAUCCUGACAGAAGACUGCGCCUAUGGCAGCAAGUACUUCGAAGCUGGGAACAUGUGCUUCUGCAGCGAGAGAAGUUACCUGCGCAACUUCUCCGAUGACAGGCCCCCGGCUUGCUUCUUGAAAGUCAUCAUGCUGGAUGACAGCUCCACCGUCACCAUAAACAUAGAAAUCCUUCAGCCUGUGCGCGAGGAGACGGCUGUCUUUCUCCUGCCCAGCAGCAGGAACUACUUCUUGGAGAGGCUGAGCCUUGAAGCAGCUCUGCGGGCCGUGCCAGGCCAAAAAGUAAUGGUGGAAGUCGACCGGCAAUAUUUCCCUGGCACCAUCCGCUACAUCGGGAGCAUUUACAAAAACACUUCGUCUGUGCUGUCUCCGUUUUUCUUCGGGGUGGAGUUACAGGGCGAGGGUGAAAACAGAGGGCGCAGCGAUGGAUCGUAUCACGGCACGGAGUAUUUCAAGUGUAAGCGGAACAGCGGGGUCUUCCUGCCGUUUAGCAGAGUCCAGUUUACUCCCACGCCAGACGAUGACUAUGUGAAACAGAAGCCAAAACUGGACACGGAGGAGGUGGUUCCUGUGAAAGUGGGAGAUGCGGUUAGCUUCUACGUGGAGGAGGUCCUCACAAAAGGAAUAGCUAUGGCUGUUUACCGGGAGGGAACCCAAUGGUUCGUUAAAGUUUGUCCGGAAGAAGAAGGAACAACUGACAUUUUCAGAGAAAUCCCUAUGGACUCUGUCGUAAAGGAAAGCUUGCAAAGUUUAUUUUCACCGUUCGAGUCCGACAUGGGCUUGGGACACCCAAACCAGAUGAAACGAGAGAUAAGCGAGAGUGGUGAGGAGUGUGAAAGUGGGAAUUCAUCCCUGGAGGUGAACUCCAUGGUCCAGAUCACCUUGGACAAGGGAAAUCAGGUUUCAGGAAUCAUCCGCUGGUUGGGCUACCUGCCCCAGAUUAAGCACAAAAUGGCAGGAGUUGAACUGGAUGAAGAUAAGGGGGUCACUGCUGGCGAAUGGCUGGGAAAGUUCUACUUCCGCUGCGCUCCAAAGCGCGGCCUCUUCGUGAAGCUGCAGUCCUGCCAGCCCGACGUUCGCUUCCAGUGCUCGCACAACAGCGAUUUGAACCUCGUGGAUUACGGAGGGCAGGAAGUUCUUCCACAGGCUCCAGAGAAUUUUCCUCCGCUCAGGAACGAAGCAGCGGUGCAUGUCCUACGAGGACGGAUGAAGGGGAUCCAAGGCCACUGUAAUUCUUGCUAUAUGGACGUAGCUCUCUUCAGCCUCUUCUCCUGUACAUCCGUGCUGGACUGCAUGCUCUUCAAGCCCUUCCCACUGUGUGACCGGAACGUCCAGGGCAUUCUGCGGGAUGAGAUUGUUAAUCCCCUUCGAAAGACUGGCUUCGUCAGGGCUGGGAGCGUGAUGCAUCUUAGGGAGCAGCUAACUGAAAAGGGCCAGUGUUCCAGCUUCACCAACGCUGAGAAAGAUCCCGAGGAGUUCCUUAAUCUCAUAAUGCAUCAGAUCCUGGGAAUAGAGCCACUCUUGAAACUGCAGUCAGGAGGCCAGAAGGAGCAGGACUGUUACUGUUACCAGAUAUUUAUGGACAAACAGGAGGAUCUGGUGGUUCCCGACGUGCAGCAGUUAGUGGAACGCUCCUUCCUGUCCUCCGAUCUGAAGCUAGUGGAGAUCCCGUCUUGCUUCAUUAUCCAAAUGCCACGUUUUGGGAAGGAAUAUAAAAUGUUCAGCAAAAUUAUUCCUUCCUUGGAGCUGGAUGUAACAGAUCUGCUUCUGGACAGUCCCAGGGAGUGCUGCGUGUGCGGCAACGUCGCCACCCUGGAGUGUUCAGAGUGUUUCAAAGACAAGGUAUUCGCAGCUACGGGCCUGAAGCAGUUCUGCAGCUCCUGCUCCAGACAGGUUCACUCCCACUACCGACGCAAAACUCACAAGCCGACUAGGCUGCACGUCCCAGAAGAGUUUCACAGCCGGAGCCCCCGGGGCAGCCAGCAGGUCCCUCGCGAGAAGAUGGAGCUCUUCGCAGUGCUCUGCAUCGAGACCAGUCAUUACGUCUCCUUUGUGAAAUACGGCCCCGAGAACGAACACUGGAUGUUUUUCGACAGCAUGGCUGACAGGCACGGUGAUGAGAACGGCUUCAACAUUCCCACUGUAACGCUGUGCCCGGAAGUUGCCAAAUACCUGGACUUGCCACUGGCUGUGCUGGCGUUGGAGCAACCUCGGGACAUGGACGGAGUGGCCAAGCGCCUCUUCUGCGACGCCUACAUGUACAUGUACCAGAGCAAGAAGAUGGCGCUUUACAAAUGA